GUCUAUGUGGAAGAAAAAGCGUCAAGCACACUAGACACUCCCGUCCCCGUCCCGCCAGCCGCUGCACCUCCUCACCCACCCACCCAUCAAUCUCGUCUUCAGUCUUCUGUCGGCUCCGGGCGCGCGCCAAACGCGAAUAUCGCGCAUGUUAGCUUGCCAUGGCGGCCAUAGUCACCACCAUCCUGCUCCUCCUACUCACACCUUCUCUGGUGGCCGCCGAUGUGUUCUGUGACAACGUCAAGGCCGUCGCAGCCAUCCUCUCCAAGAACGCCUCCUCUUCCCCGGUACACUUCGCCAGCACCACCUAUGGCCAAGCCCCCGACGUGGUCUCCGCUCUCGCGCUCUGCGGCGGCGACAUCCUCGACGGCUCCACCUGUGGCGUGUGCAUCACCAACUGGUUCGAUCAGGCGCUAAGCGUGCCGCAGUGCGCCAAGGUCGACUCCAACUACCGGGACUGCAUCAUUGCGUACGGUGGCGCCGCCGCCAACAUCCUAGCGGCACCCUCGAACGCCACGGGAGGAUCCGGCGACAACACGCCGCCCUUCGAGAACUGGAACAUCAGGAAUGUCUCCGGCGGCAACGUCUCCCUCAUCGCCGGCCUCACCCGCGAGCUGCUGGCGGCAACUGCAGAGAAGGCGGCUGGCACGGUUCCGAGCCGGUAUGCCACUGGCGUCAUGAACAUGGCGAGAGUGUCCACGACCUAUCCGAGCGUGUACUCGCAGGCGCGGUGCACGCCGGACCUGCCCGCCGACGAGUGCUCGGCAUGCCUGCGCCGUCUCCUCGGCAUGGUCAACUCCACCAUGUCCCUGCGCAUGGGUGGGCAGAUGGGUGUCACGCGUUGUUAUUUCAGGUACGACGCGUUUCAGUUCUACGCUGGUCAACCACUGUUAAGUCUGCCGGCGUCGGCGGCAGCUCCGACUCCGACCAAACGCAGGAGUAUAUUGUGGGUAAUUCCCGUAGUUGCAGUUCCUCUAAUUGCAGCAGCAUUUCUCCUCUCCAUCUGUUUCUUUCGUCGGCUUAAAAGGCAAAGAAAAGGGUCAAGAUACUGGAGGAAGAGGCAAGGGAAAAAUGCGGAGUUUUGUUUGUUUGACUUUGAAGAGCUACUGGAGGCUACAAGUAAUUUUUCAGAGGAAAACAAACUUGGAGAAGGUGGCUAUGGCACUGUCUAUAAGGGCCAGCUUCCAGAGGGGUUGGAGGUAGCGGUUAAGAGGCUUGCAUCACAUUCAGGGCAGGGUUUCAUAGAGUUUCAAAAUGAACUCCAGCUCAUAGCCAAACUACAACACAUGAAUUUGGUUAGGCUCUUGGGAUAUUGCUCACGAGAAGAGGAGAAAAUAUUGGUCUAUGAAUACUUGCCGAACAAAAGCCUGGAUUACUUCAUCUUUGAUGAGAAUAAAAGAGCUUUACUGGAUUGGUCAAAACUUGUAGCAAUAAUUGAGGGAAUAGCACAUGGACUUCUUUACAUGCAUAAGCACUCCCGGUUGCUUGUUAUACACCGAGAUCUUAAACCGAGCAACAUUCUCCUGGACAGCGAAAUGAAUCCAAAAAUUUCAGAUUUCGGGCUAGCAAAAAUAUUCAGCUCAAAUGACACCGAAGGAGACACUACAAGAAGAGUGGUUGGCACAUAUGGCUACAUGGCCCCUGAGUAUGCUUCGAAAGGCAUCUUCUCUGUUAAAUCCGAUGUCUUCAGCUUUGGUGUAAUAAUUUUGGAGGUCCUUAGCGGAAAACAAAAUUCUGGUCACCAACAAUGUGGAGAUUUCAUCAAUCUGCUUGGACAUGCAUGGCAAUUAUGGGAAGAUGGAAAGUGGAUAGAUCUGGUUGAUGCAUCAUUGGUUCCCUAUAGUCACUCCGCAAAGAUGAUGAGGUGCAUUAACAUAGCAUUGUUGUGUGUACAAGAGAAUGCAGUCGAUCGACCAACCAUGGGAGAUGUUGUUUCAAUGCUAAGCAAUGACACUAUGAUCUUGGAUGUGCCUAAGCAGCCAGCAUAUAUCAAUGUAAGAGUGGGAAAUGAAGAUUCUUCCACCGCUGCCGAGUCAUCUAGUAUUAAUGGCAUGACUAUAUGUGUCACACCAAGAUAGUAUUUUUUUUCGUGUUACUUUUUCUUUUCAAUUUUCAUGUUGUAGUAUUCAAAAACUUAGAUGUUUGUAUAACCGUAAGUUCAAGUGCUGUUUCAAAUGUGAGAUUUUGUACCUUCCAA